CUGCGCUGGCUAUGAAGCGGCCCCGGCUGCCGAGCGGCUCCGACAGCGAAUCCGACGGACCCAUCGACGUGGGCCGCGAGGGCGAGCUGAGCCAGAUGGCCAGGCCGCUGUCCACCGCCAGCCCUUCACAGAUGCAAGCCAGGAAGAAACGGAGAGGGAUCAUAGAGAAACGGCGCCGAGACCGCAUCAACAGCAGCCUUUCUGAAUUGCGGCGCUUGGUCCCCACUGCCUUUGAGAAGCAGGGCUCCUCCAAGCUAGAGAAAGCCGAGGUUUUGCAGAUGACGGUGGAUCACUUGAAAAUGCUCCAUGCCACUGGUGGGACAGGAUUCUUUGAUGCCCGUGCCCUGGCCAUCGACUUCCGGAGCAUUGGUUUUCGGGAGUGCCUCACCGAGGUCAUCAGGUACCUGGGGGUCCUGGAAGGGCCAAGUAGCCGUGUGGACCCUGUCCGGAUUCGCCUUCUCUCCCACCUCAACAACUACGCAGCUGAGAUGGAGCCUUUGCCCACGCCCACCGGCCCCCUGGCCUUCCCUGCCUGGCCCUGGUCCUUCUUCCACAGCUGUCCAGGGCUGCCAGCCCCGAACAGCCAGCUCGCCCUCCUGGGCAGAGUGCCCGGCCCUGUCCUCCCCAGCGCCUCCUCUCCCACUUACCCCAUCCCCGCCCUCCGAACCACUCCCAUGCGCCGAGCUGCUGGCACCAUCCUGCCAGCCCGGAGGAAUUUCUUACCCGGUCGAGGGGCCUCUUCAACCCGGAGGGCCCGUCCCCUGGAGAGGCCAGCUGGCCCUGGGCCGAUGGCCCCCAGUGCCAGAGCUGCCAGGAGCAGCCACAUCGCAUCACUCCUGCGGUCUUCCUCCCCGACGCCCCCUGAUACCAUGGGGGCCACUGCCCACAUGGCUGUUCCUGCCCUCAGACCCACUUCCCCAGGGCUGGUGGGGAGGCCUGCAGGAGCCGCACUCUGCCGCUCCUGGGUCUCCGAAAUCACUGAAAUUGGGGCUUUCUGAGCUGGCUUCCCCUGCCUCAGGGUGAGGAAGGUCCUUUUUCCAGGAGCUCUAAAAAUGGCACUGCCCUUUCUGCUUUAAGUCAGUCCUGCCUGGACUGGCUCAUAUGUGAAGGUGUCUUCUUUACCCAUCCGCGGUCCCCUCCUCCUUUGACCUGUCUCUACUCAUUGCUCACCCUAUCUUGUCCACCCAGCAGUCCCCAGAGGCUUGGUCUCAUUUCUUCCCUGGAUGGAUGAGUCCUGGGAGAGCCCUUAAGAGCUGUGCCCAGACCCUUCUCCUGCCCCAGCACACAUCGGGAGUGAAUCUCAGGUCUGGGAACGAAGCUUUCACCCAGAGGGCACAACGGCCUGUUAUAGCCUGCUUUGGUGGAGAGGUCAGACCCCAGCAAAGGACAAUGACAGACUGGCUGCAGUCUUCCCAGGCCAAGGGGUCAGAACAUAGUGUCUGCCUCGCUUCCGGGGCAUAGUAACUCAGCAGGGUGAAUCUGGGAAUCGUCUGCCCCUGCCUACCUGUCUUCAGCCCACCCGAUGGCAGUGAACCACAGGACAGACUCGUUCUCCACCAUGGCCAGACCUGGGGGCUGGAAGUUCAGCAGGGCCUGCUCCACCCUUCACCCACCACAGACAUCCACCCUCCAGCUGAGUAACAGUUCCCUGCAUACGGCUGGCCUGACAAGCCUGGCCGGAAAGUUUCUGGGCACCAGCAAGGCUCCUUGAUGGGGUAUCACUACCAGGCCUUGGAUAGCACUCUCAGACAGGACACCGGGUUGAGCAGCUGAGGGCCAGCUCCAUCCAUGAGGCAUGUGAUCUCCCUGCUGGGCGUGCAGUCUGGCAGGGCAGAGCUACCACGUGAUGGCGCCCAGAGAGAAAUCCUCUUGGGAUUCAGCACCAGACGCUGUGUGCCUGGUUUGCAUCUGGCUCACAGAGCCUAGACUGCUGGAACGGCCACGGACCGUCAGGCUGGGUAAAAAUAACUGUGAGGAGGGGCGAGAGGAAGGACGGUCAGAGGUGGCAUGGCCCUCCAAGGUCACACAAUGAGUUGAAGGCCUGAGAUCUUGUUCAGCCGGGAGUCCACGCAGCUGCUGGCUCUGCCGAGAGUCUGUUCACCCAGCUCCAACUCAGGCCGCUCUUCCUCUUAACGGAGGGAGAAAGUGGCCCAGCCAUCAUUCCCUGUGGAACAACAGAGACUGGACAAGAUAGGGGCAGGUCCACACCUGACAUUCAGCCAGAACGGUGUUGCUGUACCAGUUGUUAAAAUAUUGAAACACUUCCGUGCUGGUUGGUAAAUAUCUGCUUCCCCCAAGUGCCUUCAGGUAUACCCUAGGACUCCCAAGAUUUGGUUAAGGCCUGGCAGACCCAAGAUAGUGGGGUGCCUUCCAGCUGUCAUUCUGCACUGGUUAUUAAAUACCUAGACUAUCACCCCUGGGAAGAUCUGCCCCCCACCUUUGAUGGAACCACCCUCCCCAGAGGCUGAAUUUAGGGGGCUCCAUAGGCCCAGAAGUGGAGUUCGCAACAACCCCCGGGGAAAAUGGCCCUUUCAGGGAAAUGGAUUAGAGAGCAGAGAUUAUUUGAGUGACCCAGAAAGCUUUUUUGAAAAGGCAGCUUCUCGAGGAGGGAUAAAGAGCUGAAGCAGUUCUCUCACUCAUUAAUGUGAGUUGGUUUGUGCAGAUUGCUUUCCUCCUUGACCCAUAAGAAAGGGCGGUCAUCUCAGAGAGUGGGUCUCAAGGGAGGUGGCAGAGUGGGUGUAGGGCAGGCCUGCUGGCUCCCAGGGGUUGGGAGGAGACAGAGGGAUGCUGGCAGAAAGCAAAGACCAGCUUCACCUUUCUCACAAAGGGGCACACUCAGGACAGGAAGAAGGAACACUACUGCCUUCUCUCCCUGGCCACCCCAUGUGGUGGCCCAGCACUCCCAGGAUACCAGGUCCAUGCUGUAGUCCUGCAGUCUGGCAACUUUCUAGCCUAAGAACCCAAAAUUCUCACAUAGUGUGCCUGUGGGACAUAAAUUUCCAUGUUUCAAGUACCUAGCUCCAAAAGAAUUUGUUGACACCAUUGAGGGAGGUAGAAGUGGCCCAGAACUUUCAUCUUCUUUGGUCUUGGACCAUUUUCCCCCAGAGAUUGGCAGGGGGUGGCGGGGGGGUUUGGCAACUGUGUGUAUUUGUUUUUGUGGUUGAGGACUUGCAUCUUUUGUUUAUAUUCCCAAGCCUUCCUGGUGCCUGCCACCCCCACCCCUUUGCUGGGAUUGUUGUACACACUCAAUAAAGGCUUUUUAGUUCUUCUGGAAA